UUCUUCUUCAAAAUCGCAAAUCAGGUAAUCAGAGCAGCCGUUCCUCUGCCCCUUCGCCUUCUUUGAGCUUUUCAUCCUCUUCGGAGCACCUCCAGCCAUGGCGGACAAGGCAGUCACCAUCCGGACCAGGAAGUUCAUGACCAACAGGCUCCUAUCCAGGAAGCAAUUCGUCAUUGAUGUUCUUCACCCAGGCAGACCCAAUGUCUCAAAGGCUGAACUGAAGGAGAAAUUGGCCAGAAUCUAUGAUGUGAAAGACCCAAAUUCUAUCUUUGUUUUCAAGUUCAGAACUCACUUUGGUGGUGGUAAAUCCACUGGGUUCGGUUUAAUCUAUGAUUCAGUUGAAAAUGCAAAGAAGUACGAGCCAAAAUACAGGCUAAUCAGGAAUGGACUCGACACCAAGGUAGAAAAAUCAAGAAAGCAAAUGAAGGAAAGGAAGAACAGGGCAAAGAAAAUCCGCGGAGUCAAGAAGACCAAGGCUUCAGAUGCUGCCAAGGCAGGAAAGAAAAAAUGAGAUUGAUUGCUGGGAUUUUGUACCCAUCACCAAGGAUUAUCUGCAGAAUCAUCGUGAUCUCUUUUUAAUAGUUUCCUUUUGACUCCUAGAUCAAAUUAUGUUAAUCAGUAUUUUUGGUUGUUGAUUACUAGUGAUAUGAAAACUUGGUUCUUUGCAGAGGACAAAAUUUUUGACGUUACAGGAAAUAUACAUUUCCUUGUGUUCCAAGUUUUUAUCA